AUGGCCUCUCUUUCACUCGUUAGGGCUUAUCAGCAUGCUUUCCACUCAUAUCCACAUCGCACGCUCGCCGUUACAGGAGGAACUUUGGGCGCACUCGGCGAUGUUGUCGCUCAAAUCUCACAGAACCUUUGGCCAAAGGAGCAUGAGCAACGUCCCGGCUGGGAUGUCGCCCGCACGAUGCGCUUCUUCUGCUUCGGCUUGGGGAUGAGCCCUGUACUCGGUCGCUGGAAUGCCUUUCUUGAGCAUAGAUUCCCUUUGAAGACCAUCAAGCUACGAGGCCGACAGAAGAUCAGCUUCAAGGCACUCGCAAAGCGCGUAGCGGCCGAUCAGAUUCUUAUGGCUCCUGUUGGGUUGGUGAUCUUUGUGGGCUCCAUGGGCCUCAUGGAAGUUCGGAGUCCUGCCCAAAUCCGAGAGAAGUUCACCGAAAUGUAUGGGCCAGCGCUGCUUGCGAAUUGGCAAGUAUGGCCGAUGGUGCAACUCAUCAAUUUCCGAUAUAUGCCAUUGCCCUACCGUAUACCAUUUCAAUCAGCCUGCGGUGUCUUCUGGAACCUAUACCUGUCUAUUCUGAACGCUAGGUAUGAUACAAUUUAUUGCACUCGUGCCCUUUCAUUGACACCCCUCAAGGGAGGAUGA